AUGGCCAAUAAUGAUGAUAAUUUUCUUUCAAGUCCUUUAUCCUCUGGAACAGCUAAAUUGGAAUCUUUGUUAUUUUUCCUAAUUGAAAGGAUCUCGCGUGAAUUCCGUUUUCCUGAGCCUUCAUUACAAGAAUUUUGUGAUGAAAUUUCAAAUUUACAAACACCCAAUGAUUCUAUUAAAUUAAAGGAGGUUUUAUUAAAAAAGCAAAAAAAUACAUCAAAAAUUUGCUCAAAGAGCAACUUGUUUGGUAUAUAUAUUCGCAAAUGCCGUCUUGAAAGUAAUAAAUUAAGUUUUGGUGAUAUCAUCAAGCUAUUUAAUGCCUUGGUAAAAUACAAGAAAACUUUGAAAAAUCAAUCAUCACUAUUAGUCAAUAAUUUGGCCGAUGAUUCUCACGUUUUAUAUAAUAUUGCACACAAAUAUCAUAUCGAAAAUCAAGAAUUAUAUGCAAAAUGUGAUGCCUUUUCAUAUCUACAUUAUAUUAUCACUAAUCUCCACAAAUAUGGCGGUGUUGUACCUGAAGAAAUUGAAAGGAAGAUUCGAAUGAUAAAUGAGCAGAUGCCAGAACUUUCUGCAGUGCAUUAUAUUGAAUUUGGCCAUAAAGAACAAGCUAUAUUGGCAAUCAAAGAAGCAAUUGAAAUGGCACGUGAUUGUAAUGAUCAAGAAUGUUUACGUUUUGCAUUAAGCUGGUUGUAUCGAUUAAAAGCAACUGAUCAGAUACCAAUUGACAAUGUUGGACCAACUGAACAACAAUUGCUUGAUUCACUUAUACUUAAAGCUAAAAAAACAAAUUAUAUAUACUCGCAUGUUUUAGGAGAACUUGGGAGCGCACAACGUCAAGUUCAAUUGGGUUCAUCACCUGCAGAAGUUUUUGAUUCAUUAUUUAAAAGCCAUGUUUUAAACUCUAAUUGUAGCUCAAUUUUAUCAUUUUUAUAUUCCCAUUGUGUGAAAGAGGGUAAAAAUCCUAAUACAGAAGAUCUUUUAACAUCAAUAUGUCAAUUAGCAGAUCAACAUGCUUCAAAUGGCAAUUACUCGGAGGCAAUAAAACUUCUUUCUAAACGUAAGGGUGAUUUUCUUAGGGUACGCAAAUUGUCAAUACUUUGGAAUCUCUGUUUAGAAAAAGUUUUAUAUCAAAAAAGCUUUGAAAGACAAGAAAUAGCAAACAUUAAAGCACUAAAGACUCAAAUUCGUGCUAUCUGUCAUAAUGAUGAGCAUUUUCAUGUAGACUUUGAAUUUAAUCAUGCUGCAUAUUUGGCUAAAAUAGAUAGAACAAAUGAGGAAGCAGAAAAUCCAAUACCAGCACUUCCGUGUGUUUUAAAAUCAUUAUGCCUUAGCGAAAGAUUUCAUUAUCAAAGAAGCUUUUUCUUGGCAAUAUUACGGCUUGCACAGAUACUAAUCCAUUUUAAUUUACCAAAUAAAGCCAAAACUAUGAUUGAGAAUAUUAUGCAUUUGAUUCUUGCCGAUCAUACAUUAUAUUUACAAUCACUUGGAAAUUUUAUUUAUGCACAAUCUAUGAUUGCAUGUAUAAGUCAAAAUAUGAAUGCUAAUGGUGAGCAAUCUAUUAGUUGGGAUGAAGUUUUGUUACCAUUAGAAGAUGCAAAAAUAGGAUUCAAACAUUUAGAAUCAAUAUCUGAAUUACUUAAAGUUCUUCAAUUGCUGUCCUAUAUAUAUAAUAUUAAAGGUGAUUUGAUUUCUCGUGACAAGGUUGCCGAGGAAUUUAAAAAGUUAUAUUUGUUAAAUGAAACAAACAAGGUUAAACAACCAGAUUUUAAUAUUUACUGCCCCACAAUUUUUAUAUAA